AUACGCGUUGGGGUUGCCAAGCAGAUGGCAUCUGCUUGCACGCGAAACAGGCAUCUGCCAGAUGCCUGUUCCGCGUUUACCCACGUGCUCAAUCCGGUCAUCGCCACGUUAGACUCGGUCGCUUCAUCCCAUCUACCUAAGCGGGCGGGUGAAGCUGAGAGUCUUAUGUGCAAGUUGGACCAUGUCUCCAUCGUUAUUUUGCACACUAUGAAUCGGGUCCUGCGGAUGACCGACAAGGACUCUAAGCUCCUUCAAGAUCCCUCUGCCGAUCUGAGUAAGACAAGGUUACUGAUAGAAGAGCUCAAGAGUUCGAUGGGAUGUUGUAUCGAAGAUACUGAUAAUGAUGGGACCCUUUGGCAAAAAAUAUGGUCGGAUGCUAUGUCUGUGGUAGACGAGCACCAGCUCGAUCAGUCGCGCCGGUUCGGCAAGAGGAGGCUAGUGCGACGCUCAUCGAAAUCGGAGUUGACCCUCAUGGAGGAUGCGCGUGAGCACCUUUUCUUACCUUUCAUGGAGAGCAUCCUGAGAGAGCUUAAUGAGAGGUUCAACUUUUACAGCUAUGCGGUGUAUGAUGGGGUUUGCUGCUUCAACCCCACACACUCCUAUUUCCUUGACGCGACCAAGACCCGGGAGUUCGACAGACUUUAUGGCUGCAAUCUCGAAGAGCUCGCGAGUGAAGUUGUGAUCGCAUCGCCAGCAUUUGAGCGACGCCAAAAAGAGCUCAAAGAUGAUG